UUUGAGGGGAUGUUUGGCUGGAGGGAGAUAUCCCUCCUUAAAAUUUCGAUUAACGACUGCGCGCAUGUGAUUUAAUCGAACAUGAACUUCAUUUAACGUCUUAAAUUCGAAUUACACAACGAAUACGUAGUUUACAGGCACGCUAGCACGAGCAGCAACCUCAAUUUUCUUUCUCAUUUAGACCAUGGGGGUUGAACGCUCUGAGCUUUGCAACAUAUUGUGGUCAUUUAAAUAUUGUCAAAUAUUUAUUAUCAAUUGAUUUGGAUCAAAAUCAAACAGAUAAUCAAGACUGCGUUGAAACGUAUUUCUCUUCGUUAAAUUUAGAACAUGAGCAUUCAUUAGUAUUUCGAAAGUUCAAUUCUAAUGUGGCAGUAGAUAAUGGACAAACACGCUAUCCACUCCACAUUGCUGUUGAAAACAAUUCACUUGAAAUGAUUAAAGCGCUAUUGACGCAGGAAAAAUGUGACAGGCAAUUACUUGGUUCCCAUGCAUUAUACUUAGCUGUUAAUAGUCGAAAUCAUGAUUCUAUUCGUCUUUUACUUAAAUAUGGCUGCCGUUCAAACACUGUCAAAAUUCUUGGACAAGUAACAGAUCCACCUUCGAAUGAUUUUACACUCUGGUAUUUAUUGCCAGCGUCAAAAUGGCUUGAAGCACUACCUAUUGGUAAUGGUCGAUUAGGUGCAAUGCAUUUUGGUGAAAUCGUGCAAGAAAAACUUCAAUUAAACGAAGAUACUGUUUGGGCUGGUGGGCCUCAUGACUACGCUAAUGCUGGAGCGCUUUCAGUCUUACCCCAGAUUCGUCAAUUGAUUACUGAUGAGAAAUGGACUGAUGCUCAAACUUUAAUUGAUCAUAAGUUUUUUGGUAUCCCUGCAUCACAGAUGCCUUAUCAACCGGUUGGAGAUUUACUAUUGAAUUUUUUUGGUUUGAACACCAUUACCGGCUAUCGUCGUCAGUUAGAUUUAGAAACCGCCAUUUCGACAGUGGGUUAUUUAGCGGAAGGCGUUCAAUAUACGAGAGAAGUGUUUUCUACAGUACCGGACGGAGUGAUUGUCAUCCGUCUCACAGCAGAUCAACCGGGAAGGUUAAAUUUUACCGUGACGUUUGAAAGUCCACAAAAGUCGAACGUGGUUGUGUUGGAUAAUAAGACAUUGGCUUUGAAUGGAAUUAGUGGUGAUUUUGAUAAAAUAAGUGGUAGUGUCAAGUUUCAGGCUUUAGCUCAUGUUUUAGUGGAAGGCGAAGGAGGCGUGUAUGCUGAGAAUGGAGAGUUGAUUGUGAUCGAAGCAAGUGCCGUCACAAUUUUGGUUUCGAUCGGUUCAAGUUAUAAAAACUAUCACGAUGUAAGCGGUGAUCAGGCAGCUGUUGCUUUGAAAUAUUUGGAAGGAGCGGUAGUGAAAUCGUAUCAACAACUACGUGAUGCACACGUGGCAGAUUACCAGAGUUUAUUUAAACGAGUAGAUUUAAAUGUAGGCCAGUCGGAAUCGAUGAAGUUGCCAACGGAUCAACGGGUGGCAAAGUUUCAGGAAGGAAAUGAUCCACAGCUGGCAGCACUCUACUUUCAAUUUGGGAGAUAUUUGCUUAUUUCUUCCUCCCGGCCAGGCACACAAACAGCCACAUUGCAAGGUGUGUGGAAUGACAAUAUGAAUCCUCCAUGGGGUAGUAAAUACACGAUCAACAUCAAUAUCGAAAUGAACUAUUGGCCAACAGCCUCGACUAACCUUGUCGAGUGUUAUGAACCUCUCUUUGAUAUGCUACAAGAUUUAUCCGUUACUGGUGUCAAUACCGCUCAGUUACACUAUGGAGCAAAACGAGGUUGGGUGACACAUCAUAAUACGGAUGCAUGGAGAGGUGCCUCGCUUGUUGAUGCCUCAGUCUACGGCACAUGGCCAACAGGUGGCGCGUGGUUAUGUAAAAGCUUUUGGGAUCAUUUCGAGUUCACGGGAGAUUUGAUUGCACUAAAGAAACAUUAUCCAGUGAUGAAAAGUUGUGCAGAAUUCUUUUUAGAAACACUUGUAGUAGAACCCAAACAUCAGUGGCUUGUCACCUCACCAUCCAUGUCACCCGAAGUCCCACAUCAUAAUAACAUCGGAGCAGUAGUCUGUAAUGGUCCUACGAUGGAUUUACUUUUAGUCGGGGAUCUGUUUGACGCUUGUAUUCAAGCUUCAGAGUUGUUAAAUAUCGAUGCUGAUUUUCGUAAAGAAACUCAAGCAGCUCGUGAUAGAUUAGCUCCAAUGCAAAUCGGUCACUUGGGCCAAUUACAAGAAUGGCUUGAAGACUGGGAUGCUGUGGCUGAUAUUCACAAUCGACACAUGUCUCACCUUUACGGGCUUUUCCCUGGAAGUCGAAUAACACAACGAGAAACGCCUGAUUUGUAUGCAGCUGCCAUGAAAUCGCUGUUGAUGAGAGGCGACGAUGGAACGGGGUGGUCUAUGGCUUGGAAAAUCAACUUGUGGGCUCGUUUUGAAGAUGGUGAUCAUGCCUAUAAACUUUUGCAGAUGUUACUCACGCCUUAUUACACUUCUAUAAAUCUCUUUGAUCUCAUCUAUGGACCGCCAUUUCAAAUUGAUGCGAAUUUCGGAGCUGUUUCAGGCAUCUGUGAAAUGCUUGUACAAAGUCACACCGGUCAAGUCCAUUUACUACCAGCUUUACCAUCUGUUUGGCCCACUGGUUCGGUGAGAGGUCUGAGAGCUCGUGGUGGAUUUGAAGUAGAUGUUACAUGGGUUCAGGGAAAACUAACAAAUGCAUCAGUUUUCUCAUAUUGUGGAAAACACUGCCGAGUACGAUAUGGGAGAAAAACAACGGACUUUUUGACGGAGUCAGGGAAACGCUAUGGUUUAGAUGCUGAACUGGAUUUGCUAGAUCCUUUAGUUUCAAGCAUACUUUGA